CUUAAUUGUGUGCUCCAAAUGAAGCCUGGUUUUAAUUAGGGGGGGCACAGAUCUGGAUGGACUGGAUUUAGGUUGUUCCACGUCUUAUCCUGUUAUAUAUAAAUGGUCCGGAUUACAAUCUUAUUCCGGUUUAUCCCAUAAAACUUGGAAUCGGAACAAACUGGGUAGGGGUGUAAACGGAUAAUAUCCGUGACGGAUAUGGCAUAUCCGAAUCCGUAUCCGUUUAAGUUUAGGAAUAUCCGAAUUCGUAUCCGUAUCCGGCGGAAAUUUACUAUACUAUAUCCAAAUCCAUACCCGACGGAUAAUUAUCAGUUUCGGAUAUAUCCGAAUCCGAUUAGAUAUCUGAAAGUAACCGAAUAUCCGAAUACUAUUAGAUAUCCGAGAGUAAUCGAAUCCAAAAAUAUCCGAGUCCAUUUUCACCCACUUCACAGAGAUUGUGGAGAUGGAUUUUCGCCCAAUUCUAGUUUUGCUUUGCUUUUGGUAGCUUUGCUUUUGGUUGCUCUUUGGUGGUCACGGGGCUUUCGAGUUCUUUAGCAACAGAAUCACUCUCUAACUCGGCAGCUUCCAUCUCCACUUUUGCCAUGUCAUUCGUUGCCUUUUUUUAUCCAGCCAAACACACACAAAUUACAAAGAAAAGCAAUGAGAAGUGUGAGCUAUAUGAAAAACAAGAUAUUGAAGAAAUGGAAGGAUUUUCUUUUUUUUAAAAAGGGAAGGAAGUAGCCACAUUGAAGAAUAUUGAAUAAAUGAAAAAUCAUCAAGAAGGACAAAACCGUCAAAUAGCAAACCCAAUACAUUGUGCAAUGAAUAGGCGGUUUCUCCAAAAUACUCCAACAAACAUUUCACAAUAAUACCCCGAUGAGAUAAUCUCUGUCGCAAAAAUGCUCCAAAGAUAAUAUUGUUUAUCCUCUAUUAUUUGUAUGAAUACUGAUUAGCUCCUUCAUCAGCACCAAAUCCAAAUGUCUACCACUGCAUUUUCAGAGCAUUUUCUACACUUGUUACCGUCUUCAUCGCAUCUCCAAUUUUCCAUUAAAUGGAGAAACUUAGGUGGGUCCAGUAAAUGGAGAAUCUUGAGUGGCUGGAAGAGUUAUUUCAUGGGUGGGGGAGUAAGGUGGGUGGGGCGAUGUAAAUUAUUUAAGCUAUAAAGGGUAAAGUUGGGAAUGUGUGUGAUUCUUUUUACCAUAAACGGAAGGUGGAUAAAUACCAUGGGACGGCCCAAAAUGGAAUUGUGGACAAAUACUUAGGGAUGGAGGAAGUACUCUGCAGCUUAACCAUCUUACAAUAACAAUCUCAAAAGCUCAGGUGCAUAAAAAUGCUCCCAAGCAGUGAAGGAAUUGGUGAGGGGAAAUAAACAAAAUCAACAAAAGAUAAAACAUAAAACAUAAUGAAGGGACGAAUUCCACUAUCAAUGGAGCUUUUUGUGACAUGGGCAAUCUCCUGAGAGUAUUCUUGUGCAACAUUGAUUGUGGUGGUAUUCAGAGUUGGGAAUAUUCAUGUAUAUUUUCCAUUAAUUUUUAUUACACAUAUAAUUUAUCUUCACUGCAUACUGCAUAGUGAUUUAUUAUUUUAUGUCUAAACACAUGUUUGACUUCUUUUGCACAAAUUUUUUUGCUAAAGAAUGAAUUACCUUGUGUUUGUGAAAUUCACUCCGCCCAUCAUGCAAUCCUGCAUCAACAAUAAUGAAAAUAUCAUCAACCCCAAAUUUAAUAUGUAGCACAAUGGAUCAAGACUCUUUACAUUUUCCCAAGAUUAUUAUUAUGUUGUCAAAAGAAUUGCUUCUUAGUCAGAGGAGUAGAGACAGACCAAACCUCAAAAUGAGCAAACCAAUUGCGAACGAUGAGAGAGAGGAUGCUUCCAUUAGAUCCUUGAUGCAUUUUAUGACCGAAACAUUUUUGGAGAUAAGAAGCAAUACUAACCAUAGUCACAUAAAUCGCGGUACGCUUCGGUACGGGUACGCGGUACGGGUACGAAAUUCGCUAGAUGUAACGAAUUCGGUACGAAGGGGGGUAGGUUCAUUUCGGUACGAAGUGGUACGAAGCGGUACGGUGUACCAUGUAUUCGGUUCGGUGUACCAAAAGUCAAAGCAUAAGUAAACAAAAAUAGAUAAGAUGAGCAUAAGUGCAUAACAUUACAAAAUCCAAUUGAAAAACAAGACAUCAUCUAAAAAUUACUGGAUAUUGAGGACUUUAGAUUGGGUUGUGGUUACUGGUUAGACUUGAGAGACAUAUAUAUGUAUAUUUGGAGACUGCCUAGGAAAAAACGAAACAUUAAAGGGAGAAGUCAGAGAACAAUCGAGAAAGGCACGGAGACUAUGAACGACUCGCACGGAACUUGGGGAAGUGCAAUCGCGAAUUGACCUUUUCAAUUUACGGAGAAAACAAUCGCUUGGAAGAGGGAAGGUCGCGAGAGAGACGAAAUUGCGAUUUGGAUCGCUGGACCGCCGGCGAUUGGUACUCCGUAUUAUCCGACUUGGUGCGACGUU